AACGGCCCGAGGCAGUUACCACCGGUACGUUGUCUGGAGGACACGCGGUUCUAUCAGUCGGUCAAUCGAAUCCAAAGUACGACAAAAAGAAUUCUUCAAGCUCAUUAAUUCAAACGUCCAGAUUUAUAAAUUUUGAAAAAAUGACUAUGGACGUCAAAGCUAGUCAAGUGGCCGCUAGUAGUGCCACAAAGUCUAGCGCUAACGUAGGAGCUGCAGCUGCCACGGGAGGACAGGAAUGCGCCGGAUGCGGUAAACACAUUACUGACAGAUUUUUGCUGAAAGCUUUGGAUCUGUUCUGGCACGAAGAUUGCCUGAUGUGCGGCUGUUGCGGGUGUCGUCUUGGAGAAGUAGGAUCCACGUUGUAUACAAAAGCCAACAUGAUUUUAUGCAAAAAGGACUACUUUAGGUUUUACAGGAUGUUCGGGAACAAGGGCAUGUGUGCAGCGUGUUUCAAAGACAUACCCGCGUUCGAGAUGGUCAUGCGGGCGCGAAGCAACGUUUAUCACUUGGAGUGUUUUGCGUGCCAACAAUGCAAUCACAGAUUUUGCGUUGGCGAUAGGUUUUACUUAUGUGAAAAUAAAAUACUUUGUGAGUAUGAUUUUGAAGAAAGAAUGGUGUUUGCUAACAUGGCUUACAAUCCAGCAACAUUGGCUCAAUUGAAGAGACAUGCCACCCAUAUCCCACCAUCGGUUGGUGCAGGAGCAAGGACAGAUAUUCCCUUGGCUGUUGGUACCAAUGGUAACAGCGAUCGACGACCCACAUCGAGUGAUCUUCCUCAUCACCAUGGUCACCAUCAUCAUGGUCAUCACUUAAAUACACCCUCAUCUAACGGUCACCAAUUUGGUUCAUCGAAUACCACACCCAAUGGUGACCAGACUCAACUUCCCAUGUAUGAUGUGAAAUAAGCUCUUGGUUAUAACAUAACUUUGUUUAUUUAUCUUUAAUUUGAUUAUUAAUUUUAGUUAUACUUUGUUGUUAAUUUAAAUGAUUAUUUAACUUAUUUGUUUUGUGCGAAAGCAUUUUUCACAUACCACGCGUUUGACUAAAUGCCUAGUCAUUAUAUUAUAAGAUUACUCACUAUUUAUUGUUAAUCUUAAGAUCAAAACAUAAGAACUGCUAAUGUCUUUCCCGUUUUCCAACUUAAAUAUUGUCUUUAUGAGGUAAGCUAGAAAAAUGUAUUUUUCGUUUUAGUUUUAAGUUACUGCUGUGUAAAUAUAUAUGAACUCAAAACGCACUAUAGAAAUUUACAAAAAUAAAUCUACAAGAGUUUUCUAUGCAGUGCCAAAUGGUCGUUCCAUUUUUAAGUUAGAUGAGAGUAACUUUGUCGUAAUAUUAAUAAAAAUGAAUAAUUAUGUUAUUAAAACUGUUUAAACAUUCUCUCGUGCAAAUUUAUGUAUCCUCUGCCCUUUACCAAAGUACUGAACAGCGGUACCCAUUAGCUUAGUGUUUAAAAGUACAUACACUUAAGUAACUAAUAAUUAAAUAUAAAUAUAGAAUAAGUUUAUGCGUAAAAUUAAGUAAUCUUUAUUUAUAGGAUCUCUUAUUGUUUUAAAAAUCCUAAGUUACCUUUUUAUUGUUUUUAUUUUAAUUUUAAAUGUUUUAAGAUCACAAAACGAUUGGCAAUACAUUACAUUAGUAUGGUGUAAACUUAAAACGUUUAUAAAAAUACACAUGAUUUGUUAAUAUCA